AUGGCACGCCAAAUGGCACAACCAGAUUUAUCUGGCGUUUCUAAAUUGAGCCUCGAUGACCUGGAUAUAGACCAACCUCCUGCAGAAUUUGAUCAGCAAAUACUAAUGGGUAUGCCCAUGCAUAUGGAGUGGAGGGCUUUGAAUAUUCCACCUUUCCCGGAUGUGGAAGCACUGAGAAGAAAGUACAUAAACGGCUCUCGGCAAGACAAUCGCUCCAAUUACAAGUAUGAUUUGCAAAAUUGGUUUCUUUACCCUGAACCACUGCCGAAGUUUUGGAAGUUUGAGCAUGACCGGCGCCUGCAGCUCCCAAUUGCCGAAAGAGUAAGCUUCCAGGAGCCCGAGUUUUCUUCAGGUUUUGCAGCGAGACUGCACGCAGAAGGCUUCCGAUACACUGGGGAAUAUUUUAACCUGGAUAAAUAUGCCGAGAGAUUUCAAGCUAUUUCUGUAAACCCUCCGCAUAACAAAGUAUCUUUGCAACUUCCCACUUUUGAAGUAUUCAUGGAUGAUUUGAGACAGAUGGCAAACGCAGUCGCAGCGCCCGAUUUUAUAUCUGCUGCUGAGAAGAGGCUCUCCUAUUUAGAAAAUAGGUAUGACCUAUUUCAACACCUGAGGAGUAGGACAGAGAAUCUGGAGAUUAAAGCUGUCAGGCAUAGGGAUUUUUAUAACACAAGAAAAGUUGAUCCUAAUAUGGUAUUACACGGAUGCAUACCGCAACGACAAUUGAACGAAUUCAUAUGUGAAAAACUCAACUUAGAGCCCGACCGUGUUGUGCAUGUAGAUAGACAGGGUAAGAAUUGGACCUUGCGCAACAUCUUUCAGGGGAAUUAUGUCGGAAUUUGCGACUUCCAGUCUUCUAACGAAGACAUAAGGUUGAAGAUUGUGGAUGAUGAGUUCAUGGAGUGGUACAAAAAUUACUAUCUCCCAAAUUAUCAAUGUGCAUGGGUAUCUCAGUUAAGUUCAUCGGAUUUAUCCCUAGGUAGCGCUCUUGAUCUACCACACAGGAUGUAUUACAUGAUCGCCAAGGUGUUUCUGGACUUUGACAAUGAUAUUUCCGGGGAAUACCUCGCGGAGAUGGUGAUCAAGUAUGUGAUCCAUAGUCUGGAGAAGAGCAAAUACCAACUCGUGCAUCUAUCGGUUGACUUUCAGUUCCAGCAGCCAUCAUGGUGGCUAAAAUUCUCCAGCUGGGUGUGUCGCUGGAAGCUGGUAUCUUUCAAUAUAAGAUGGAACGUUCGGGUCAAAAGAGAGUAUUCAAGGCUGUACAAGUUAGGUUUCCUGAAUGACUUUGAAACGUAUCUGGAUUAUAUUUUUGGCCCACUAAUUUAUGACGCUAAUAUCCAAAAUAUUGAAUUGCAAUGUUUCCUGUCAACUGUUGUGAACAUAGAUUUUGUACUUGAGUCAUCCGAUGAAAACAACGUGCAAACAGAAAAUACCGUCUUCCCACCCUCGUCCUGGCAGUCACAUGGAGAAAAUCCGCCCUUGGCAUACUAUAUGUACUAUUUCCAUUGGCGGUUAGCUCAUGUGAAUGCUGCCAGGCACAGUAGGAAACAGAAUUCGAUUCUACUAAGAAGUUGUCCCCAACCUGAUCAGAAUAGGGCUUCGCAGACAAAUAUUGAUGUUACAGAGCAGACUGAGUCUCUACUUUGCAAUCUAUUAUUAUGCAACGGCGGUCUAUUGCAAGGGGAGGUCCUCUGGUCCACUAUACCGACACUGACAUAUAUUUAUUACCUUCUGCAAAUUCCUGUGGUUGUGGCGCCAUUGUCUCCCUUCAAAGCACAAUCUUUGAACCUUGAAGGCGGAAUCCAGCAGAACACCCUAGAGUUCAAUACAGGUAGCGGCUAUCAUUACCGUGAAAAUCCAUUCAUGCGUAUGCAUAGAAUUGGAAUGCGAGUAGUGCUAUCUUCUAAUAUGGUUCUGUUCAAUAAUUCUUAUACUGCAGAACCCGUACUGGAAGAAUACAGUGUCGCUGCAAGCAUUUACUUACUCAGUGCUGCUGAUUUGUCGGAAUUUGUUCGUGACAGUAUCAUUUCAAGUGGUUUCGAAGGAUUUUAUAAGAGACACUGGAUCGGUGUAGUGACAUCUGCAACCGAAUAUACUUCGGAGAUCAUAGGAUCGGUGGAUAUAUGGUAUGAUGAAUCCGCCAACACCGCAGAAAAACACAAUGUUCCGAACAUCAGGAGGAUUUAUCGUAUGGGGACACUGACCACAGAAAAAGAAUUUUAUAACAAGGUAUUCCGAAACUCCAGAUAG